GGUUCGAUCGAGUCAUAUGGUGAGAGGGAAAGAGAGACAGAGGGAACGCCUUGUAAAGUAGGCAAAGCCCAGAAUUCAUUCCCACGGCAGGAAGUAGUGGAAGAAGACCGGCAAUUGUUCCCAUUUCCGUUCCAUUUCGAUGGCUUUUGUUUGAGACCGUAGCGGGUUUUGCGGAGGAAGACGGGAAGAUGCUUCAGAAGUUCGCGUUAGCGGUGAAGACCAAGACCAUCGAGUUCUUCGCCGAGGAGGACGAAGAAGAGGAGGAGGAGCGGGCGGUCGGCGUCGAUGAUCCCGAUGCUUGCCCUGCUCCGGAGGAAGUCAUCACCGGUCAGCGCGUCGUUGUCCUGAGGCCCGACCCCGCCCCCCGGCCUGACCCCGAAACCCUCACCGCCGCCGCCCUUGCCGCGCUCUCAUCCUUCCAGGCCGCAUACCUCCACCUCCAAACCGCCCACUCGCCCUUCCUCUCUGACGCCGUCCUCUCCGCCGACCGCGCCGCCGUUUCCCACCUUCGCCGCCUCUCCGAGGUCAAGCGCCUCUACCUCAGCACCGGCCCUGGUCCUAGCCCUGUUCCCACCUCCGCCCUCCCCCUCUCCUUCCUCCUGGAGGCGCAGGUGCAGGACAAUCAGGACCUCCUCCGCACCUUCGAGGCCCUCGUCGACCGCCUCCAGUCCGACAUCGACCGCAAGGAUGCCGAGGCCGCCGCCCUCGAGAAGGCGCUCGCCGACCUCGACGGCUCCGGGGUGCGGCUCGCCCACCGGCUCGAGCGUGCUUGUAUGCCGGCCGAGGAGAGGGUGGAGUCGCUGCUCACGAUCGGCGUCUUCGACUCGGUGCUCAGGGACACCUGCCGGGUGACGCAUCGGUUCGCCAGGGUCUUGAUCGACUUGAUGAAUUUGUCCGGGUGGAAUUUGGGUGUGGCCGCGAACUGCAUUUACCCGGACGUCAAUUUCACGAAGCCGGGACACUGCCGGUACGCCAUCCUCUCGUACAUUUGCUUGGGCAUGUUUGGAGGGUUCGAUUCGUACGACUUCUGCGACGAUGGGGAUGGAGUUGACAUGGAUGAGAUUGAUGUUUCCAUCCGGAGAACCGAUUCUUUGCAGCAAUUCAUCGAGCACUCGGCUCUUGAUCCAUUGGAGCUUAUGCGAGAUUUUCCAAGUAGUGAUUUUGUGAAGUUCUGCAAGAAGAAGUAUGCCAAGCUCAUUCACCCUGGCAUCGAAUCCUCUCUGUUGAGGAAUUCGGCCAUUGGAGAAUCUUUGUUGGGGUCGUUGACACCGUCAAGUCCCCUGUAUGAGUCAUUUGCGAGCAUGGCCAGCUCCAUAUGGAUGCUUCACAAAUUGGCCUGGGCAUAUAAUCCCGUGGUGAAAAUCUUUCAGGUAGCCCCAGGGACUGAAUUCUCAAUGGUUUUCAUGGAGACCAUUGUUCCUAAGGUCGACAAGUUGCACAUGGACUCUGGGAGUUCUUCACGGCCAAAGGUCGGGUUUACUGUGGUUCCAGGGUUUCAUGUUGGCAAGACAGUUAUCCAGUCUAGAGUUUACCUAGAUGACUCAGAGCAGACAUUAUAACUAUAUAUUCAUUUGUGUACAUGGGGAUACUUAGAGACAUCCUUUGGGUAUAGGAGAUAACAUAAAGAGCGUUUACAAGUUUGUAUGGAUAACUUGAAGGACCAACAAAGUCCGCUGGAAAAUACAUUUUGAUUUUUCUUUUGACAGCAUUAUGUUGGUUCUUUUCUUAGCUAAAAAUAUUAUAUGAUUGAGCACAUCGCUUGUGUGCCAUUCUGUAUAA